AUGGUGUUCGAGAAACUUGUUGUACAUUUAUUGGAGAAAUAUUUGAGUGAAUAUAUUGAAAAUUUUGAUUCUAAAAAGCUUAAAAUUGACGUUUGGAGUGGUAAUGUUGUACUAGAAAAUGUUUAUUUAAAACCAAAUGCUCUUGCUGACCUUGAUCUUCCAUUAACUAUAAUCGUUGGACACCUUAAAAAACUUACACUUCAAGUUCCAUGGAAAAACUUAUAUACUCAUCCAACCAAACUUACUAUCGAUGGCCUGUAUCUACUUGUUAUACCUAGAAUUGAAAUUUCAUACAAUGCUAAACAAGCUGAAAAAGAGCGACAUGAAGCUAAAAUGAAAGAAGUUGAUAAAAUCGAACAAAUUCAAAAAGACAAAGAAGAUCAGAAAAAUAUAAAGAAAGUCGAAAAAGACAAUGAUACAUUUAGUGCACGAUUAAAAUUACAAAUUAUUCAAAAUCUUGAAUUGUCUAUUCAUAAUAUUCAUCUUGUUUACGAAGAUAGAACAACAAAACCAAAUCAUCCGUUUGCAUUCGGUAUUACACUCAAUUACAUUACAUUUCAAACAACGAAUAAAGAAUGGAAACCAACAAUAACCAAAGAAAAUAGCCCAGUUAUUCAUAAACUUGGAGAAUUGAACGCAUUAUCAAUCUAUUGGAAUACAAAUAUUAAAUCAAAUUCAAUUUUACAACGAAAUGAAAUCAUUAAUAAUUUACAAGCAAAAAUUGCUGUUGAUAAUGAAAAAGCACCGCAAGAUAUGUUAUAUAUCUUUCGGCCAUUCAAUGCGAAAGCUAAAUUAAUUAUGACGAUGAAACCUCGCGAAUUAAACUUUCAAAGACCUAUGUUCUAUAUAGCCAUUGAUUUAGGACAGAUCAGUUUGAAUUUAAAUCGUUCUCAGUAUUUGGAUAUAAUCGAUUUACUGGAAUUUCAAGAUCAUAUUAGUGCUAGAUUAAAAUAUAUAAAAUAUCGGCCAAAAACAUUUGAUACAAUACGACAAAAAUGGAUAUUUGCUUAUAAUGCGAUUGUUGAUGAGAAAAUUAGACCACGUUUAGAAUGUUUUAAAUGGAAGAAUAUAAAAACACAUUUAGAAAAUUGUCGUGAAUAUCGUUUUAUUUAUGUACAAGAACUUACAGGAAAAAUAACCAAUGAACAAAAGCAACGUGCUGAGGUAUUAGAAAAAAAACUCGAUGUAUUCAAUUUAACUUAUAUUCGUCAACGUGCUCAACUUGAAGCAAGAAAGAAAAAAGAAGAGCCAAAAAAAUUUCUGAAGAAAUUUUCCAAUUUGUGGAAUAAAAAAUCCAGUCAAUCGGAUCCAGAACUAGAUCUAGAAAAUCUGUUAUCCGCUGAAGAGAAGAAAAAAUUAUACCAAAGUAUUGGCUAUGAAGGUGAAGAUACAUCGACAAUAACUUAUCCAAAAGAUUACAUUGAUAUUGAUCUUGCCGUUCGAUUGGUAAUGCUCGAUUUCAAUAUCUGGUCAAAAAUUGAUGACAACGACGAAGCAUCCCGAGUUAUAACUCGUGCAGCUCUACCUAAUACAGAAGUAGUAUUUAAACGACGUCCAGCAACAUCGUCUAUCUUAAUUUUUGCAAGUUUAAGUUCAUUUCAAGUAUUCGGUAUCACGACAGAUUUGAAACAGUCAGAAUUAUCCAAUGAUAGUCGUCCUAUUCUAAUUCAUCCAGCAAAUCGAUUGUCAUCCUCAAAUAACGAAUUAAACCAACCGAAACUAUUACAAAUCGAGCUCGAGACUAAUCCAUUAGAUAAAGACUCUGAUUAUCGUAUCAAAGUCAUAUCACAAUCACUUGAAAUUAAAUAUAAUGCACCUACUAUCAAUAAACUUGUGGAAUGUUUCGAACAAGAUACUCGACAUAAUCUGCAAGGUGUUAAAAAAGCAGCUUCUGCAACUUAUACAGAUGUUAAACAUCAGUCUGUAUCACUCAUGAAAAACAAUGUAGAGAAAAUAAAAGUACUCGAUAUCUACAUUGACCUACAAUCGUCUUAUUUUCUUCUGCCUGAAAAUGGUGUUUACUAUGAGGGUUGCCCAGCUAUUUGCUUAGACAUGGGUCAUUUAAUUCUAAAACAAAGCAUCAAUACCGAUCAAAAAGAUAAAGAAACUAUGGCUAACUAUACUAAAUUUCAAUUAGAAUUGAAAAAUUUUCAAUUACUCUAUGCGAACAAAAAUGAAAAUUGGCAAGACGCACGUCAACAAGAAAGUACUCAUUUACAUUUAAUUAAACCAAUCACACUCUACAUAAAUCUUUACAAAUGUAUCUUUACGGAUAGUAUCAAUCUGCCUCUUUGGAAGAUUUCAGGACAAAUUCCAGCUAUAAAUAUGCGUAUUUCGGACAUGCGUCUAUUCAAUAUUGUAAAACAUAUGCAAUCACUUCCACUUCCAGAAUCUAAAAAGCAAUCGAAAACAAACGAGGCUGAAACGUGGACAAGAGUACCUUCAAUUGAUAUUACGCAGUUGACAUUAGAAACCAUCGAGAAUAUGGCACACCUGAAAAAGUUGCUUCCGACAGUAGCUGAUGAAAGCCAAGAAAUUGUUGAGAAAGUCCAAGAACAAUUUGCACAAUUCGAAGCUAAUUUUAAAAUUUCACAGAUUGAAAUUUUAUUGGAAGAAGAAAGAGAAAAUCAAAGUUAUCCCAUUUUUCGAAUUUCCCUCGUAUCAAUAUGUGCUCAAACAUGUAUUAAAACAUUCGAUAUCGAAUUGGAAGUAUCAUUACAUGAUUUUAUUAUUUAUCAUGAACAAUUUAUAACAAAAGAUAAUCAGCAUCUGCGAUUUCUCGCUGCUCAACAUGAAAAAAAUCAAGUAGACGUUAAAAUGAACUCAAAAGAAUUAGUUAGCAUACAUAUUCUACAUACAUCACCAGACAAUCCACUAUUUAAAUCACCGCAAUAUAAUGGAAUAGAAAAUAAAGUUCGCAUACAGUUGAAUAAACUCAUUUUUACGAUGCACUUAGAAGCGUUAUUAUCCAUUAUGAAGUUUCAAAAUAAUAUCAUGGAAAAAUGGCCGCGUGCAACUGUUGAAGAACAAGCUGAGAAAACCUUAGAAGAACAUGAAACCGUAUCAACUCUCAGCAAAUUUAUGAAGACAAACAAUAUCUCAACUGCAACAACACUCGAAAUGGAAGCAAAUUUAGAACAAUUCCAUAUAGUUAUUGCAACGAUAGAUACUCAAAUGUUUGAGGUUUACGUUCAUGGUAUCAACGCUAAUGUUCGACAUCAAUCUGAUCAAACGCUCGUCAAUUUAGUUCUGACCGAUUUUUGUAUAGUCGAUCCUCAUACCGAUGCUCGAUUUCGCAAGAUUAUUUCACAACAAAGUGGAGACAAAGAGUUGUUUUCAGCUUCUAUGGUUCUAUUUAACUAUCCAAAACGCUACAAAAAGACUCUUGAUGAUGUUGAUUCUAGUCUCAAAAUUAAUUUUGCAAAAGCAAACAUCGUUUUACUCUACAAACACAUUAAUCAAAUAAUGGGAUUUCUUGAUGCAUUGGAUAUAACAAAGGCAGCACUGGAACUUGCUUCAAAUCAAGCUAAUCAUGUUUACGAACAAGCACAAAAGUUACAAAAACAAGCGUUUAAACUACGUCUCGAUGCUACAUUUAAUGCACCGAAUAUCAUCGUUCCAAUAAAUGCCUAUGCAGACGAAGCACUAUUUCUCGAUUUAGGAAAAAUUAAUUUAGCAACGAAUUUUAUCGACGAUCAAAAUACAUCGCUUGUUGAACAACAACAAAUCAAAAUUGAAAAUGUUCUUGUAACUCGUGUUAAACUGGAUAAAAAUAACGAAGUAGAAAGUGGAAUCACUUUGCUCGAUUGUGCCAACUUCAAAAUAGUCAUUGAUCGACUUUUAGAUCUUGAAAAAAUCAAAUCUUCAGCACAAAUUUCAAUAGCAAUGCAAUUAGAUCUAAUUCAUUUUCAAUUAGCUAAAACCGAUUAUUUAUGUGCAAUGAAAAUACUCGCGGAAAAUUUUCAUGAUCAAACAACAACGAAUGUUGUUCUCGAACAAUACAGUUAUCGACAGGACGAACAAAAGCGAGAAGAAAAUGCUUUACGAAAUACUGCUGCGAUUCAAAAACAAAACGAAUGCAAGACCGACGAAAUAUUCGAAAAAAUAAAAAUUCAAGCAGGCCUCACAAAACUUGCAGUUACACUGUAUCUCGGUGAAUCGAAAUUGAUCGAGCGUUAUGAAAAACAUGAUAAAAAAUUGGCAUUAGCAUAUGUAGAAGUCGAUGUACUUGACGUUCUCCUUCGGCAAUGUUCCGAUUCAAGUUUUAAAGUCACAGCAAGUGUAAAAGACAUUCGAUUUGAUGAUAUACGAGAAGCCGAUAAAGUCGGUGCCGUUGUACAUAUGAUCGAUCGACAUUUUACUGUUGAUCCAAAUGCAUACAUGCUUAAUACAAGUCUAGAAUUUAAACCGGAAAAUAAAACACGCUCAGUAGCUCAACAACUACUAAAUGCUAAAUUGGAAAGUCUUUAUAUUUGUAUUAAAUUGGAUUAUUUAAUGAUAUUAAAAGAAUUUUUCAUGUCAGAUUUACCCAUAAUUGAUAAAAAUCUGCAGAUAUCCAAUGAUAAUAUUCAAACUAGAACAAUAUCUAAGCAAUAUCAAUCGAGUGAAACGUCUACAGCAUCCGUAAUUGACACCAGAAUUGAAAUUGUUGUUAAAAAUCCAGAAAUUAUUUUACUCGAAGAUCAGCACAAUGCUAACUCUCAUUGUAUUGUACUUAACUUUGCACUGAAGAUGCGCGUGAUGAACUUCGGCUAUGAUACAAAAGUAUUCGGUUCAUUAAACGACUUGACAAUUUAUACUUCGAAUUUUGCUGAACUGAAAUCGUCGAAAGUUAAAUAUCGAAUUUUACAACCAGCAACAGUUGAUCUAGCAGUAAUUAUGGAUUUGGAACAACAAAAAAUUGACAUUCGUUGUUCACAUAUUCUUAUUAAUAUUAUGCCAGUUGCGGUUCGCAUACUUAUUGGAGUUACUAAUUCAUUAAGUAAACCUCCGCCAACAAGUAAACAAGAGAAAUUCGAUACUCAAAAUAUGUUUGAUCCAAAAGCGUUUAACGAAUCUGAUUUUUGGUAUUUGAAAGAAGGCUUGAGUGGUAUUUCAGCACAAGAAAAAUCUCUUGUUAAACAGCAGAAGAACGUAGAAAAGUAUCUUACUGAACAAUUUGUGUUAACAUUAACAACUAUGGAAAUAAAACUUGAUAUUGGUUUUGGUUCUGUAACAAAAUCGGUUGUUGCUAUGUGUCUAUCGAAUUCGACUGUUAAUGUUAAAAAUUGGUCAGAUGAGAUGACUGCUUCAUUGACAAUGGACAUCGAAGCAGCUUUAUACAACGAACAUACUCUAGCAUGGGAACCACUUAUUGAGCCAAUACUAGACGAAAACCAAAUGCAUCUUGCCCCAUUGAGUGUUAUGUGUUCAAUAAAACCUAUACUACCGAUUGUUGAUCGUGUUGAAUCAUCAUCAUCAAAAAAAGGAAAACAAGAAAAAAUAGUUCUUGGCCUUGAUGCUAAACAAUUGAUAUUUAUUCGAACUCAGCAAUUAUUAAAUAUCACUAUAACAAAAACAGGUCUUGAACUUAUGGCAAAUCUAUCAUCUCUAUUCAAUGAUAUUUAUAAUCAACGUUUACCUAAAAAUAUUGACAAUAAUGAAUCAAUGUUAACAUUAAUGAAUUUAACGGGACAACCGAUUUGUAUUGAGAAUCUCAAUGGUCUCGAAUUUACUAAUAAUAUUACAUGGACUUCGACAAUUAUCCAACAAAGUGAAUCAAUUCCAUUGACUGCAUCUGCUGAACGAUUAUCAUCAGUUUAUCGACUUUCUGUGAUCGAAAAACAAACUUCUGAAUAUCGACAAGAAUUUUCUGUUCAAAUUGAUAAUAAUGUUAAAUUGAUAAGUAUUAAUCGAACAUGGCAACGCAUAUAUGAUAUAAAACCAUCAACGCAUUUAAAUUUCCCAAUUCAAUUACUUUGUGAUACUCAAAUCGAUCAAAACCGACGACGCGUUACUCUCAGUUCAAUUGUCAAAAUCUACAAUAACACAACAAUACCCAUGUUCAUCUUAGACCGUGAUUCAACUACAGGAAAAUCUUACUAUCGAAUUGAAAUCAAUGAAUAUUAUUCUGUUCCAAUUAACCUUCUCUAUAAAACUAAUAACCCAUCCAUCUUUAUUAGCACAGAUGAAAAUGAUCAAAGUGGACCGAAGGGUGAUUUUUUUGCGUUCGAUUGGAUGAAGGCAACAACGCAAGAACAAAAAUUAAAAUCCAAAAAUGGAAAAAUAUUUCACUUUAUUACUACAGAACAUGUUCAUCUGACACCAAGUCAGCUACAACAUAUUUCAUCUGGUGGCAAAAAUUCGAUACUAAAAUUUACUAUUCCAUCUUACAAUGGCAUUACCUGGACUUCAGAUCCUGUUGAUUUAGGAAUAAAAAAAAGAAAUAAUUCUAAUGAACAGAUCGUUACGUUUCAUGAUGUUUUGGCGUCAAACAAACAAGAUAUAUUACGCAUGUGUCUAUAUAUGACUACAUUACAUGAAGUACAGCGUUUAUCACUGUAUGCACCGUAUUGGAUUGUCAAUCAUACUGAUCUCAAUCUUGAAUUUCGAAUUGGCAACGAAAGAGUUUCGAUUAAAAAUACUGAAAACGAGUAUCUUGUCUGUCCGGAUAAAUAUAAAAGUGAUUCAAGUGAAAAGGGUCAAAUUCGUUUGUAUGGCGUGACACAAGAUGAUUCAGUGAAAAAUUGGUCAGAAAAAUUUUCACUUGAUGUUAUCAAAAGUAUAGGAAUGGCCAGCUGUAAAGGAGCGAAUAAUAAAAUAUAUAUGAUUUGUGUCGAUAUUCAAACGAGUUCAUUUGGUUUAACAAAAACUAUUAUAUUAUCACCAGCCAUGGUGAUGACAAACAAAACUUCACUUCCUAUUGAAAUUGUUGAAAGUUUAAUGGGCAAAGAACAAGAUAAAUGGAAGAUAAUCGAACCUGAUGGAGUUAUUCCAUUUUGGCCUCAAAAUUCCAAAGAUGGUUUACUACUUGUGCGCUAUGCACACAAUCAAAAGACGUCGAAACCAUUUUCUAUGAAUAAAAAACAUCAAACAUUACUGUAUACGAAUGAUCAAGAUCGCCUAGUUAUUUUUGUAGAAGUUAUGGCCACUGAUUUCGAUGGUGUUCGAGUUAUUUUUAGCGAUUAUAAGCAAGGCGAUGCACCCGUAUUACUUGUCAAUCAUACAGACGACCAAUUAAUUUCAUUUGUUCAAAAAGAUGAUGAGAAAACUCAACAUUUAGUCCCAAAUUAUUCCGUCUAUUAUACAUGGGCGGAUCCACUAAAAGCACGUGAAAUCGUUGUCACCUGUAAUAACCAAUCGGUAAUUAUUGAACUGAAUCCGCAUCAAGGUGUUAUCGGUAUGAAUGAAAACAUCGGCACUAUUUUCUAUGCAGUAUUUAUUGAUGAUGUUCAAACUGUAUUACUUUUUACAUACAAUAAGGAGAUUAUUGAAUCAGUAUAUAACUUAUCAACUUCAAGUGAAUCGAUCUGUCGACGCAUUCAACUUGGCGUUCCUAAUGUUGGCCUAUCACUUGUAAAUGAUAUUACACGAGAAGAACUACUCUAUAUUAGUUUGAAAAAAUCAAAAGUUCUUUGGGUUCAAGUAGGAAAGUCUCGAGUAAAACCAUUAGCCUAUAAAAUUCAUACCAACUUGGAAGAAUUGUAUAAAUCGCACAUACAACACAUAGAAAUAAAUCCAACCGAUCAAAGUCUUGUUCAUACAAAAUAUCAAAUGCCUGAAUAUCGCGAAGUUACCUUUCAUGAGAAUACUGCUGAACUAAUCAAUCAAAAAGGUGAACGUAAAUUAGCUAAACGCAAAUCUCUCGAUGGCCUAUGGAUUGAAUAUACAUGGUCAAUGAAGAAUGCAGCGUUGUAUGCUCGUAUCAAUCGUAUUCAAAUUGAUAAUCAACUAGAAUCUACGAAUUUCCAGAGUGCUCUCUAUCCGAUAUUGUCAAAAAGCGCAGACUCUGAUUUAAUUGAAAAACCAUUUAUUGAAUUAAGUAUUUACGAAUCAAAAGCAUUACAAUCAAAUAUAAUGCAUUUUCAAUAUUGCAAAUUACUUAUUCAAGAAUUUGCACUUCGUGUUGAUCAAGGUUUAAUAUUAGCUAUUCUUAUUUUUCUCAGGCAACAAAAGAAUGCAAUAACACCUAUGAUCGAUAUGGAUCAGGAUUUAGAACACAUUCACAAAUCACUUCAAGCUAUUGUUAAAGCUCAAACUGAUACGUCGACGAAUGAAACUCGAAUGUUCUUUGACAAUAUACAUUUAUCGCCACUCAAAGUAUCUAUUGAAAGUUCAUUAUGUUUUGUCUGA